AACCCGGAAAGGAGCAAUAUAUGGAUAGCGCAGAAUUAGAAUACCAGGAAAAGUUGGCCGAGGCAUGUGGCAUUGCGCUUGACAAGAGGAUCCUGUCGUUCAAAGUCGAGCCACCGUCGAGCCAGAAAGAGGAUCUACAUUGGAGUAAUAAGAACAUGGUUGCGAUCGGACUUUACCAAAAUGUUUAUGUGUGGAAUGCCGAUACCGGGGAUGUGAAGUCCCUCGCGCAGACGGGCAACAACGAUUACAUUUCAAGCUUGUCUUGGUCCAUGGAUGGAGAAUAUCUGGCGGUAGGAACGAGCGAUGGUGAUACACAAAUUUGGGAUGCGCUUAGAGAGCAAAAGAUUCGUUCGAUGUUAGGACACGUCGCCCGUGUCGGUGUGGUCACGUGGAACAAAUACAUUGUUUCUUCAGGAUGCCGAGAUGGUAGCAUUUGGAAUCAUGAUACUAGAGUCGCACAACAUCGAGUAUCAGAAAUGCUCGAUCAUUCUGGCGAAGUUUGCGGCCUAAAAUGGCGUCAUGACGGAGAACAGCUAGCAAGCGGUGGCAAUGAUAACCGGAUGAAUAUAUGGGAUGCCAGAUCUAGCAUUCCGAAAUUCACAAAAACAAAUCAUACAGCCGCAGUUAAGGCCAUUGCGUGGUGUCCGUGGCAAAAUAAUCUCCUCGCCACAGGCGGUGGCUCGUAUGAUUGUCGCAUUCAUUUCUGGAAUACGAACACGGCUGCUCAUUAUAAGUCAAUCGAUACGGGAUCUCAGGUAACCUCGAUCAUCUGGUCCAAGGACUACAAAGAGCUAUUAUCCUCCCACGGCUUCCCGGAUCACCAUCUAUCAAUGUGGUCUUAUCCCUCUCUUAAGAAAAUCGUCGACAUCCAGGCUCACGAGACUCGUGUUCUGCAUUCGGCGAUUAGCCCUGACGGGCAGGUAGUGGCGACGGCUGCGAGCGAUGAAAAUUUGAAGUUUUGGAGAGUAUUCCAGAGCCGUGAUAAAAGUGAGAGGACAAAAAAUGUUGAGAAAGAGAGUGUAAAAAGGAUAGAUUCUGGGUUGCUCAUUCGGUAG